AUGAGACAGUGGUGGGCAGAGCAGGUGUCAGAGUGUGUUAUACUGUCAGUGACUCCAGCUCUGUUAUUGACAGGGUGCUGUGCCCAGAGUAUAUUCCCUCCAGGCCCUGUGGUUGGAGUUGUGGGAGGCAGUGUCUGGUUCCACACAACCAUCAAUCCUUCUACAACAGAGAUAGUGACAAUAAUCUGGAGGUUUGGCACCAGUUCUACAUCCCCCCUUGUGGUCUCCUGGAACUCCAAGACUGAAAAUCCAGGCCCAGGGUACACAGGCAGAGUCAGUGUGAACGUGUCCACUGGAGCUCUGGAGCUCAGAGGACUGACAGCUGCAGACAACGGGACCUAUUCUGUCACCAUUGUCACAGCUGCACCUGACCCACUGACUGGACUGGUGACGCUGAACGUGUUCGGGCCGAUAUCUUCUGUCCGUGUGGGUCCGAAGGAUGGCCAGACACCAGAGCUAAAUAAGACUCUGACUCUGUUCUGUGAGGUUCUUGGCUCUGGCACUGUGAGCUCCAGACAGUGGAGGAAAGAGAGCCAGACUCUGACCCCGAGCCCCAGCAUCAGCUUCUCUAGUGACAACAGCACAGUGACCUUUCACCUCCUGCAGCAGUCUGAUGCAGGAACCUAUCAGUGCACAGCCACCAACCCUGUGAGCUCAGGGACCGGAGAGUACAGACUGGAGCUCCAGACACCGAGGGGCCCUUCUGUCACAAAUAACCAGGAUGGCGGCCUGCACUACGCCGAUCCGCGGUUCGUUAAGGACGCUGGAUCGGGCGGCGCGGCCCGGUCAGGGCAGGACAACUCCGAGUACGCCCAGAUCGGACUGAACUACGCCACCCACCCGCCCCCCAAACAGGAGCCCACCCUGAAGACUCGCUCCUGCCUGGGGAGACGCCACUACCCGCUGCUGGACCACUGUCUGGGGGUAACAGGGGCGCCCCUGCUGGGCAGAGGGCUGCACUGCUCGGCCCUGCUGCUGGUGGAGGGGGGUCAUAUCCCUGUGUCCCUGCCCCGGUGUGUCCCUGCCCCGAUAAGGCUGUUUGUUCUGCAGUCAGAGGUAUAUAAGAGCAGAGGCCCAACCUGUCAGGUGCACACUGGCUCGGCCUCCGUCCUGCUGACACCUCAUGGAUCCCCGACGCUCUGCUCCCGUCACCCUGCUGCUCCUGUCUCUGGCUCUGAAAGCGCUGCGGUGCUGGCCCAGGAGUGGGCAGGCUGUGGGCAGUGGGCUCACCGUCUGUCCGGCGUGUGUCUCACAGACGGACCUGCGCGGGUGGUCAUCAAGGGGCCGGACACAGUGACGGCCGGCCGAGACGCUGAGCUCGUCUGCUCCGCGGACUGCCACCCGCCCUGCAGCUACACCUGGUUCUUCAACGGGGUCCAGGUGGCAAACGGCAGCGUGGUCACCAUGAGACCGGUCACCUACACUGACAACGGUGUCCUGGCCUGCGAGGCCAGCAGCUCCGGGACUGGACUGUCCGUCCGGGUGUUCAGGGUCAUCACUGUGGCAGAUCCCAACGCCACCGUCUCCAUCCAGCCUGCUCACGCCCUGCCCAUCGCUGACCAGCCCUUCAGCCUGACCUGCAACGUGUCCGGCGCACAGGUGACCUCCAGGCAGUGGGUGAAGGACGACCUGCUCCUGACUGCGUCCAGCACCGUGACCUUCUCUGCGGACAACAGCACGGUCUUCUUCAGCCCCCUGCUGCUGCUGGACAAUGCCGUCUACCAGUGCCUGGCUGACCCGGGCACCCACUGGAUUUCCAGCGCCAAGUACCAGCUGAGAGUGAUCUAUGGACCCCAGUGGCUGACUGUGGCAGGGCCCCACCUGCUGGCCGCGGGGGGGAACUACACCUUUGCGUGCUCGGCGGACUGCUUCCCGCCCUGCCUCUACGCCUGGGAGCUCGGGGGCAGCCCGAUCGGUCAGGGCCGCACGCUGACCCUCCGCCAGGUCACCCACAGGGACCGCGGCCUGCUGACCUGCCGGGCCAGCAACACGGCCUCCGGGCUGACCGCCCGGGCCAGCGAGGCCAUCGCCGUCAUGGAACCACAGCAGUUUCACAAGCUGAGCAAACAGCGCCAGCCCCACCAGGGCGAGUUCUGGGGUCCCGGGCGCGGGGGCGGCGCCUGCUGUGUGUAUAAGAGCACGGCCGCGGGGCUCUCCUCGUCUGCGAGCCCUUCCGACAUGGACACAGCCAGACUGGACGCCCUGCUCCUCCUCCUCGCCGCGCUCACGCCAGGUCUGCUGGCUGUGGACGUGGUGCCGUCGGCCAACCCCGUGUACGUCGGGGACAACGUGACCCUGGAGCUCCGCCCCCCCACCGCCAUCAGCACCGGCACCUGGCUGUUCGACGGCAGCACCGUGGUCAUGCUGUUCCAGCACCAGCAGGAGGCCUUCCCGGGAUACGAGGGGAAGGCCAGCGUGGAUCUGAGCUCCGGGGCCCUCUUCCUGGAGUCCGUGCGCCUCAACGACUCCGGGAUCUAUCGAUUCCAGGGCCUGGUGCCCCGGAUCCUGGGAGAAGUCAACCUGACCGUGCUGGGAGCAGGUCUCAGGCGUGUCCUCUCCAGGACCUGUGUGACAUUACCACUUCACUGCCUGCCCCCCUGCCUGAACACCUGCAGAGCCAUCAACUCUCAUCUGCAGCACAGCAAGCCCUACAGGACUCUGUACUGUGAGCCCUAUAGGACUCUAGCAAACAGCGCGCUCUUGGAGCGGAGCUUUCUGGAUCAGUCAGCAGGGCUGGGCAGCCUUAUCGCCGGCUUGCUUUGGAGCAAAGUCACUGGGGACGUUCGGGACUCAGCCACGAUGGAGGGCCGCCGCGCGGGAGCCCUGCUCUUCAUCGCCGCCACCUUCGCCAAAGAGACACAGUCCCAGACCCCAACACCCCAGCGCUGGGUGAGACAUUAUCUGGACAGGACCGUUUUGAUGAGCGCCUCUCUCAUGUACCCAGAACCCAUCACCGUGGUCGCGGUCAGGCCUGCUGGACAGCUGCCCAUACAAGACCAAGCCUUCAACCUGUCCUGUGAGGUCACGGGUCCCGUGGUGUCCAGAUCCUGGCUGAAGGACGGCCAGCCUCUGCCCCCCAGCGACAGGACGAGCUUCUCCCAGGACAACAGCACGCUGUCCUUCAGCGCCGCCCUGCUGUCCGACGACGGCCUCUACCAGUGCGCGGCGUCUAACCCCGUCAGCAACCGGACCAGCCCAGGGUACCAGCUGCUGGUGAACUACGGGCCUGAGACGCCAGUGAUUGCGGGACCGCAGGAGGUCCAGACGGGCCGGACCGUCACGCUGAGCUGCUCUGCUGCCUCCCAGCCUCCCAGCCUGUACUACUGGUCUGUCAACGGGACGCGGGCGGGCGAGGGGUCGGUGCUCCAGAUCGGACAGGUGUCACCCAGCAACACGGGCCUGUACACCUGCACAGCGCGGAACACAGUGACCAACAGGACCAGCUCUGCAGAGAGGCGCCUCACUGUCACAGGUCCCCCCUCGGGCUCCCCGGCGCUGGCUGGGACAGUGGGCUUCACGGUCACAGCACUGCUGGGCAUCUCCGCUCUGAUCCUGAUGGGGGUGCUGUAGAGCAACGGAGGCUCCGAGAGAGGGAGACGGCCGCCGUGGACGGCAAGACACACCGGACCCCACCGGACCCGCGUGACCGCCCCGGGGGUCAGACCUGUGCCCCGGCCCGAUCCACCGGGGCAGAGCUCAGGCGGGCCGCCCUCCGCCCACAGACCCUAGCCGGUGGAAACUAGCUGUAGGACUGUAGCUGUGCGAUGGACAGAGGGCAGUGAAGGGUUUCUGACUGGAGCCCUUGUUGUCGUGGCACUGAAAUAAACUUGCAGGCGAAGG